AAAGUAUAAGUGUCUAAGACAAAAGAGAGAAUAAAGAAAAAAAUAAAACGGAGAAAAAAGAAGGCGCCUGCCAGAACAAAGUAAUUUUUAUUUCGGUUCCGAUCCACAACUUAAAAUAAAUAUCAUAAAUAAAUCUGGCAAUUAAUUAUUUUUAGUCAGUCAUCUUAAUCAAAAGGGGAAAAAAAAGAAAAAAAGGUAGAAGGAAAACACCCUACCAAACGCUCCCUUACGCCACCGAAACGGCGGAGCCUCCUCUCUUUUUUUCCUCUCAAAUUUUCCUUCGCUUUCUCGAUCUUUCCUCUCUCUCUCUCUCUCUCUGUUCUUCAACAUCGUGUUUAGAUCCGUUCCUCCCAUCCUUGAAAGAUUCCGUCUUUGACCCUUCUUCGUUGAAUCUAUCAAACAAAUUAGGGUUCCGAUCUGUUACCUGUUGUGUUCGUUAAAAAAAAAAACUUUUUUUGCCUCAAAAUUUCAUCUUCAAAAAAAGAAAAAUAAAGAAGAGAGAGAGUCUUCGAUUUUCCUUGAUUUUGCUUGAGAUUUAUGUUCUAAUCUGAAAUUCAUUACCUUAAUGAUUUGCUAUAUCGGUUCGAUCUCCAUUACGAUUGCUUGAUUUUGUAUUGGAUUUGGGGUUAAAUCCAAGCUUGCGUGUUUUUUUUGAGGGUCUGGUUAGUGGUGAAACCUAUGGAGACUCAGAGCCCUAACGGAUCUUUGCAGAAACAAUCACUGCCUCCGAAGAAUUAUGGAAUCACGAAACCAAUAUCACUCGCGGGGCCUAGUGAGGCUGAUAUUCAGCGGAAUACGGAAUUAGAGAAGUUUCUGAUAGAGUCGGGGCUUUACGAGAGCAAAGAGGAGGCUGCGAAAAGAGAGGAGGUUCUUGGCCAUAUCUCUGAGAUUGUAAAAAGUUGGGUAAAGCAAUUAACUCGUCAAAGAGGCUACACUGAUCAGAUGGUGGAGGAAGCAAAUGCUGUCAUUUUCACUUUUGGAUCAUACCGUUUAGGGGUGCAUGGACCUGGGGCUGACAUAGACACUUUGUGUGUUGGGCCAUCUUAUGUGAACCGAGAGGAAGAUUUCUUCAUCAUUUUGCAUGAUAUUUUGGCUGAGAUGGAAGAAGUCACUGAACUUCAACCUGUUCCAGAUGCUCAUGUCCCAGUAAUGAGGUUCAAGUUCCAAGGGAUAUCUAUUGAUCUUCUUUAUGCAAGUAUAUCUCUUUUGGUCGUUCCAGAUGACCUUGACAUCUCACGUGAAUCCGUGCUGCAUAAUGUUGAUGAGCAAACUGUUCGAAGUCUUAAUGGGUGCAGGGUUGCUGAUCAAAUCCUUAAACUUGUCCCAAAUGUCGAGCACUUCCGCAUGACACUUAGAUGUUUGAAGUUCUGGGCAAAGAGGCGUGGAGUUUAUUCUAAUGUUACUGGAUUCCUAGGAGGUGUAAAUUGGGCUCUUCUAGUUGCUCGUGUGUGCCAACUUUAUCCCAAUGCAGUACCUAGCAUGCUGGUUUCUCGAUUUUUCAGAGUGUAUACUCAAUGGAGGUGGCCAAACCCUGUUAUGUUGUGUUCAAUUGAAGAGGAUGAACUUGGCUUUCCAGUCUGGGAUCCGCGCAAGAAUCCUCGGGACCGUUUCCAUCAUAUGCCAAUAAUUACUCCUGCAUAUCCUUGCAUGAAUUCCAGUUACAAUGUCUCUUUAAGUACACUUCGUGUUAUGAUGGAACAGUUCCAAUUUGGUAAUAGAAUAUGUGAGGAGAUUGAUCUAAACAAAGCUCAAUGGAGUGCUUUGUUUGAGCCUCAUCUUUUCUUUGAGGCAUACAAAAACUAUCUACAAGUUGACAUAGUUUCGGCAGAUGCUGAUGACUUACUGGCAUGGAAAGGCUGGGUAGAGUCUCGGCUUAGACAGCUAACCUUGAAGAUAGAGCGGGACACAAAUGGAAUGUUGCAGUGUCACCCUUACCCAAACGAGUAUGUUGAUACAUCCAAGCAGUUCCCACAUUGUGCUUUUUUCAUGGGUUUGCAGAGGAAAGAGGGAGUGAGUGGUCUAGAAGGUCAACAAUUUGACAUACGUGGAACAGUUGAUGAGUUCAGACAAGAGAUAAGCAUGUACAUGUACUGGAAACCAGGAAUGGAUAUUUAUGUUUCUCAUGUUCGUAGGAGGCAGCUCCCAGUGUUUGUUUUCCCUGAUGGAUAUAGACGGCCUCGAUCAUUGAGGCAUCCAAGCCAGCAGACUGGAAAAACUUGUGAAGAUGUCACGAGGUCCCACUCAGGCUCUACGGAAAGACAAAUUAAGAGAAAACGUGAUGAUGAGACAGUUGAUGAAAAAUUGAACAAGCCUGAGAAGCGAGCCUCAAUUAGCCCCCUGAGAAUGGAGUCGGUUUCUCCAGAUAUUAUUACAAGCAAGUCUGGUGGAACAUCUCAUAAUAGCAAUGGUCAAGCAGUUAAAGUAGAGCAUCGAGGAACUGGGGAUCUUGAUAGCUUACGAGGGCAGACUUCUUUAGACGUAGAUGAUUCAUCAGUAGUUAGAAGUGUAGAGUCAGCUGAGCAGAUAGGCUUACCGUUUAGGCAGGAGUUGCUUUCUCCAUGUGAAGUUUCUGAUUUUGAAACAAGAGAAGCAUGCAAGGCUGGCUUGAAUCAAGAGAAAACUGCAGAUUCGACAUCAGCUUUCAUCAAUGAUCCUGAAAUUGGAUCUUCUAGGAGAAUUUUGAACUGGAAAGGAGUGGGUGCCGAGGUCGAUCGAGAGGUGGUCAAAGCAUGUAAUCAAACAGCAGCGGUAGAAAUUGCUGAAAGUGUAUUUGGGUCAAGUUCCAAUGCGCAGAACCUCAAUUGCAAGGGCAGUGUCUGCGGUGCUGAUUUGGAUUCGCUUCUGGAAAAAGGACACCUGAAUGCUAGUGCUGUUUUCCAAAACAGCUUGUCUGAAGAAUUAAAGCCAAGUAUCUCAGUUGGAAAGGUUGUAAAUUCACAAGAUGGAGCUAGGUCAGAAACUUUGCAGAAGCCAGUGAUGAGCAGGUUGAGUUUGAAGUCAACGGCAUAAUGUGUUGUAGAUGAGGCGUCGGGAGAAACAUUUGUUGCCCCAAGGAGUAAGGCCAGUACACCUCAGUAAGUGUCCCAUUAUUUGCUGGCUUACAUUAUGGUUUUACAGGUAUACCGAGUGUGAGUGGACUUGGCAGCAUGUUCGACCCGUGCGGUGGAGAGCUGCGUUGUUUGGCUUAUACUUUUAGGUUUGGUUGUGGUGUUUUGGGUUUUAUUUUUAGCUUUGGAGGAGAGCCAAGAAGCUACUAAAGUGCCUCUGGUUCUUUGUAAGACUUUGCCAUCUCUGUUUUUUUUAUAUAUAUAUUUGCUACUUAAGUGUUGUCGCAUGCUUCUUGCCUCCCAUUCAAGAAUGAACAACUCUUCAUCAAGAAAAUUGUAAAUCAAACUGGAGUGUUGCCGUGUAACAGUUAGACCUUCUUUUUUUUUUCUUAAUCUUAUGUAAUUCUAUGUACACUUGAGAUACAGUUUUUCAGUGCUUUCAAGUCAUUAUCUGUA